UUUAUUAAAACUCAAUUUUUUGAAACAUUUUAUUUAUCUAGAUAUUUUCACAGACAAAACUAUGUCCAGUAUACCGGAAACACCCUAUUUUUGUGUGUUUGUCGAYCAACCAUCGAUACUACCGUUCCCAACAACAACAUCAACCACUGACUGUAUGCCCAGAUAUACACAGACUAACCAAUGUUUCCUAACAUUUCGUACCCGCGAUGGCCUACGCCAGCAUCUGUUUGACCAGCAUUUCAAUAGUAAUAAUAAUGGACGUAAUAAUGUGGCCGAUUACGGUGCCGUCGAUAGGUUUGUGACCGACCAUCUGGACUAUCAGGACAGGCUAGUCGUAGCCAUGUCCUCCUCCAUCCGGUUAUUGCCCGAUACUAACGGUAAAAGUCUAUACAGGGGUUGUCCAGCGUGUGAUCGUAUUAUUGCCGUAUAUGAUAUCAAACCCGAUCCCAACCCAUCCCAACGGGCCUACAAUUCAAUCGAUAUCCUUGACAUUGAUAAGUGUUUUUCGGGUAAUACUGUCAACCAUAUUGGCACACAUAUCAAAUACUAUCCAUACGAGUGUCGSCGRUGCUAUGAAUCAAUUCAGGCCAACAAACAACAACAACGGGAACCGGGAUGUGUUGGUGACUACUACUACUGUCAAAUCGGCUACCAAAGCCAUAAUYAGRCGRCAUAUUAUUAACAAACAUUUGCUAAUAGAUAGACUAAACAGAGAUCAAUUGGACAGKGAGGUCGAGUUGGGAACGUAUARUUUUCGGGUAUCCCUAUUGGAUAGACUAAUAGCUAGAAAUAUCUAAAUGAUAUGUUUAAUACUACUAUAUUAUUAGUGAUAAUACUAUAUUUAAUUAUUAC